CUCUGGCUUCUUCGUGGAGUUCAGCCAGCAGUGCAGGGGUAGUAGCCAGCCAGUAGCCAUGCCCAAGGGGAGGCGAGCCAACCCCAGCACCGCACGGGAUGGCGCCUGGUUUCAACAUUCUACACCGCCGCAAAUAUAUCCCGAAUCUCUUACAGCCAGUGAGCAAAAACAGAUACUAAAUCUAGAAACUGUUCGUCAAAUUGAAAACAGAUUGCCACUGAUAUAUAAACUUAGAGAGAAGAAACCAGUGAACACAUUUCCAUUUUCUGUCCACGACAAUAGAGAUUGCUUACUGAAUGUAGGCGAGUACUUGGAUUCUGGGCAAGGACGAAGAAAAUUUAAGCGCGAGACAUGUCAGCACUAUGUGCAGGACUCUUUUUUGAUCCAUGAACCCAUUUUGAGCAGUACUAGCUAUCGUACCGUGUAUGAAACAUCAUUUGUUCCAUACCCAAACACAGAACAGCCCUUUCCAGGCCGAUUUCCCAAAAGUCACAUAGAGAGAGCCAAAGCUUUAAAUCCUGCUUCUAAGAAUGAUUGCGUAUGGUUUUCAGAAUGCCGUACUAGUCCUAAUUAUUUAAUUCCUGAUGAUCCUGUUACAAGUACUCUCCCUGAUCCUAAGGAACUGCCUGAUCAACAGAUGAUGGAAUAA